AUGGCGCAAAUAACAGACGCCAGCAUGCGCGAAAUCAUUGUUCAGCGCCUCGCUGCCGUCCACGUCGAGGUCGCCGACAUGUCUGGCGGCUGCGGCCAGGCAUUCACCUCACUCAUUGUGUCGCCCCAGUUUCGGGGCCUCGGCGCGCUCAAGCGCCACCGCCUCGUCAACGCUGCUCUCAAGGACGAGAUUGCCGCCAUCCACGCUUGGACGGCAAAGUGCCAGACCCCCGAGGAGUGGGAGCUCACGAGGGGGGCCGCGGCGCCGCCGACAGACGGCACCGUGGGGGGCCAGGUCGAGGGCACAGCGCAGUGA